GUGCCGUCAAGAAGCACACGCCAAGAUACCACACCAAGCCAGCCUUGUGCACCACCAUCUUCGCCGAGUCCUUCACCCGGAGUACGCGAGCAAUGACCGGCUUUCACUUCUGGACCUGCAUCAUCGUCCUUCUAGGGACUCUUGGCUCUCUGGACGGCGUUUACGACAACAGGAAUUCCAACAGGAACAAUGGCCACAAGAAUGAGCAACGAGAAUCGCUGCCCUCUGGGUCGUCCCUGGUAUUCGUCAACGCAAGCACCACGUUCCGUUGUCGCACUGUCGGCUAUUUCGCCGACACGGACACCAACUGCCGACUGUAUCACGUCUGUCAUCGCGUGCCUGGAUCCCAGUCGACGUUCUUCUACAGGUACUCCUUCCAGUGCCACAACAAAACCGUCUUCAACCAGGCCACGCUGACGUGCACGAACCCGGAUGAGUCGCUGCCAUGCGAGAUGUCCAAGGACUUUUACUUUCUUCACGGCAACGAGCUGGACGACUCGGACUACAACUCGGACGGCGACUUUCUGGAGGACCUGUUCGAGCCCGACUUCCCCGUCCCCGUGUACGAGCCGCUGCGCGAGGAGCCGAGUUCCUCCCGGGAGCAUCACGAAGACGAGCUCGACGACUUCCUGGUCGACGCGUGGGCGCCCGUUGAGACUCAGCCGCUUGAAGAACGGGAGCAGUUCGGCCGCCGGCUCAGCAAGACGUCCCGCGAGGGACGUGAUCAGUCGCGCGGUCGAACGGCCGACCCUUGAAACCGCAGGAGCCUCACGGCGAGUCAGGGCUCUCGGUUCGAACAUAGUAACCCGGCAAAGGUCGCGCAAGGCGAGCUUCCCCCAAAACCUCACAGAACGCUCAGCAUGUCAUCGCAUAUGGCUCCAAACGUGGAUCCAACUGUCGUGCGCAUUUUCACGUCACAGCACCGAUCAGUUUUCCUCCGUGGGACGCCAGCCCAAACUUAUGCGGAAUUUUUGUCACGUUUCCUCCAGAUCACAUGCCCUGGCAAGCACCCGCCGUCACAUUUAUACUAGAUGACCCGAGUGCGUUAAUUAUUUCUUUCACCUUUAUGUUUACCCUAAACGCCCCAUUCUCUGGGAUUUUACUCUACGGGUGAUGUCAUCCAAGACACUUCAAGUGGGCUAGCUGAGUUCUGCUUAGUUUCUUCUUGUCAAAAUGCCUUCAUUUUGUUUCUGACAGGUUUUAAGCUAUGCAGAAACACAUGGGACUGUGGCCCUCUUCGUUCCUCAACAGAGACCCUGCUAUUCAAAGCGCACAUACCUCAUUAAGAACGACGUCACUCAACGAAACCGCAUUGUAACAAU